UCCCGCGCUGUCACUAUGUCGCGGGCUCAGGGCCACCUGCGCGCGGCCCUGUCCCUGGCGGGGGCUUCUCCGCGCCCUGCAACGACCACCGGGGUGGCGGCGCGGCGAGGUCUGAGCGCGUGGCCCGCGCCGCAGGAACCGGGCAUGGAAUAUCAGGAGGCAGUACGCACGCUCAACACUCUGCAGACCAAUGCCAGCUACCUAGAACAGGUUAAGCGCCAGCGUGGAGACCCGCAGACACAGCUGGAGGCAAUGGAGUGCUACUUGGCUCGGAGUGGGCUGCAGGUGGAGGACUUGGACCAGUUGAACAUCAUCCAUGUCACUGGGACCAAAGGAAAGGGCUCUACCUGUGCCUUCACUGAACGAAUUCUCCGGAGCUAUGGCCUGAAGACAGGAUUCUUCAGCUCGCCGCACUUGGUUCAGGUACGUGAGCGGAUCCGAAUCAACGGGCAGCCCAUCAGUCCCGAGCUCUUCACCAAGCACUUCUGGCACCUCUACCACCGCCUCGAGGAGACCAAGGAUGACAGCAGCUGUGUCUCCAUGCCCGCCUACUUCCGCUUCCUUACGCUCAUGGCCUUCCACGUCUUUCUCCAAGAGAAGGUAGACCUGGCAGUGGUAGAAGUGGGCAUCGGCGGGGCGUAUGACUGUACCAACAUUAUCAGGAAGCCUGUGGUAUGUGGGGUCUCCUCUCUGGGCAUUGACCAUACCAGCCUUCUGGGGGACACCCUGGAGAAGAUUGCAUGGCAGAAAGGGGGCAUCUUCAAGCAUGGCGUGCCUGCCUUCACUGUUCCCCAGCUCGACAGCCCCCUGGCCGUGCUGAGAGAUCGCGCACAGCAGAUCUCUUGCCCUCUCUACCUGUGCCCACCACUAGAAGUGCUGGAAGAAGGGGGUCCCCCGCUGACCCUGGGCCUGGAUGGGGAGCACCAGCGUUCCAAUGCGGCCUUGGCCUUGCAGUUGGCCCGGUGCUGGCUGCAGCAGCAAGGCCAGCAGGGCAUCGGAGAACUGAAGGAAUCCAGGCCGAGCCCCCUACGGCAGCUGCCCUUGGCACCUGUGUUCCAGCCCACAGUCCAGAUGCGGCACGGGCUUCAGAAAACAGAGUGGCCAGGCCGGACGCAGGUGCUGCGCCAUGGGCCACUCACCUGGUACCUGGACGGGGCGCACACCUCCAGCAGCGUGUUGGCUUGUACACGUUGGUUUAACCAGGCGCUGCAAAGCUGCGAGAGGCAGUGUGGUGAAUCUGAAGUGCGAGUCUUGCUCUUCAACUCCACGGGGGACAGGGAUCCCGCAGCCCUGCUGAAGCUGCUGCAGCCCUGCAGGUUUGACUUCGCUGUGUUCUGCCCAAACCUGACUGAGGUAUCGUCCACAGGCAAUGCAGAUCAGCAGAACUUCAUGGUCACACUGGACCAGGUGCUGCUCCGCUGCCUCGAACACCAGCAACUCUGGAGUCGCCUGGCCGAGGAGCAGGGUAGCCCACACCUCUGGGACACCCCGACGCUGGAGUCCAGCGGGCCCGUGUCCCUUCUGCUGGCCCCUCGCUCGCCGCCUGCCCCCCGCCCCAGCUCCCUGGUCUUUAGCUGCAUCUCGCAUGCCUUGCAGUGGAUCAGUCAAGGCCGGGACCCCAUCUUCCAUCUGUCGGCUCCCCCAGGGGCCCUCCUGAACCAUCCUGUGGCAGACAGUGGGGCAGACAUGCUGCGGGAGGCGGGAGCCAUCCAUGUGCUAGUCACAGGGAGUUUGCACCUGGUGGGCGGCGUGUUGAAGCUGCUGCAGCCCACCCUGGCCCAGUAGCCCCGGCCAUGGGGGGGCCCCUCCCCCCCACCUCUCUUUACUCUUUUUUCUCUGAGGUGCCUUUGGUUUUCAGCUUUUCUGAUUUGGGCUAGGCCCGAGUCCCAGGGCUCCAUCCAGACAGUAGCAAGGAACCUGCAGGAGGCCGGGACUAACAUCCUUCUGCCUCUGAACCUCUGGCCUCCCCUCUCUUCCCUUCCCACCUGUUGAGACAAGCAAAGGGACUCCCCAGUGCAUGACAGUGACCGUCAUGCCCCUUUUCUGACUCAGGCUCACUGUUUGAGAGGCCAGGCAGGGGUCCUGACAGAACUGACCAAUAAGAUUUCCUCCUGCCUGAGCAUGGGGGAAAGAGGGUGGCUGGAAGGAAAUAAAGCCUUUAACUUUGUCA